AUGGCUCUCAGGAGCUCGAUUGACAAGCAUGACGUCGAGUCUGUCGACCAGAAGGCUCACGUUGAGAGCUCGUCUCAAGCUAUCGAUAUUGCUGGCUUCCGCGUGUUCGGCCUAGAUCCUGCUGAUGCAGAGUUCUUCGAAACUUAUCCGGAGGACAAGCGCAAGAGAGUCUUCCGCAAGGUUGACUUUCGCCUGGUGCCGAUGCUCGCCUUGCUCUACUUGAUCUGCCACAUUGAUCGCGCGAACAUCGGUAAUGCCAAAAUCGAGGGCAUGGUACAAGACCUGGGCAUGACAGGCGUUCAGUACAACAUUGUCCUAUCCAUCUUUUUCGUCCCAUACGUCCUACUCGAGGUCCCCAGUAACAUCAUCCUCAAGAAGUUCAAGCGCCCUUCGAUGUACCUUGGUAUUCUGACUCUCUCCUGGGGAAUUAUCAUGACCUGCACUGGCUUGGUAAAGAACUUCGGCGGCCUCAUGGCCACUCGUGUUCUUCUCGGCAUUUUUGAGGCUGGUUUCUUCCCUGGCGCGAUCUAUCUUUGCAGCUACUGGUACAUGCCCAAAGAUCUCAGCUCUAGGAUUUCAUACUUCUACUGCGCGAGCGCUCUCUCCGGUGCAUUCUCUGGUCUGUUGGCCGCAGGCAUCGCCAAGAUGCACGGGGUUGGCGGCUACGAGGGAUGGCGCUGGAUCUUCAUUCUCGAGGGCCUCGCUACCGUGGUUCUGGGCGUCGCCUGCUUCUUCCUGCUCAUCGACACGCCCGCCUUGUCGACACGCUGGCUCGAGCCUGAUGAAAUCCGCUACCUGGAGCUUUCCAUGUUCAUCAAGCAGGGCGACCUGAAGAUGGUCCUGACCAACUGGAGGAUUUAUGUUCAGGCCUAUUUCCUGCUCUGCCAGUCGGCUCUGUCUUAUGGCAUCAAGUUCACUCUCCCUACGAUCACCAAGUCUAUGGGUUUCAGCACUACCAACGCUCAGUUGACCUCUGCUCCCCCUUAUGUGGCCGCAGCGGCUUCUGCCAUCAUCUUCGCCAAGAUCUCCGACAAGUUCUUCUGGCGCAUGCCCUUCGUUGUCACCCCCAUGGCCAUCGUCACGACGGCGUACUCAAUCAUCAUCUCCCUCAAUGGAGAACUUAAGGAGAAGCGAGCCGUUGCCUACUUCUCUGUGGUUCUUGCCGUCAUCGGUAUCUACCCCAUUCAGGCCGCUGCGGCGUCGUGGAACGCCAACAACAUUGCACCAUCCUCGAGGCGAGCGAUCGGCAUUGCUCUUAUGAACUGUGUUGGCAACGUCGGUGGUAUUGUCGGCAGCUUCAUGUACCUCGAGCGCGAGAAGCCCAAGUACCAUACCGGCUUUGGCCUCAGUUUGGCCUUUGGCGCGAGCGGUAUGAUCGUCGCUGUGCUUCUCGAGCUGAGCUACAAGCAUGCCAAUGCGCGCAAGGCAAGGAUUGCGGAGGAGGCGAAGCAAAAGUACACUGAGGAGGAGCUGUUUGAAAUGGGAGAUCGAUCUCCUUUGUUCAAGCACGUUCUGUAG